GAAAGACAGAACAACUUCCGGGUCGCUAACAUCUGAUUGGCUGGUCGUUUAAAUAGUUGUCGUUGUUUUGGUGAACAGUUCCUUAUUGAUAAGGAAGGAGAUUUUUUUUACUUUCUAAUGUAAUGCCUCGGUAAAGUACGAUGGAACCGAGUAGCUCCGAAUCCAGAUCUGUCCUCUGCACAUUGCUGGAUAAAAAUGAUCAGUCCAAGUAUGUGUUUUUUACACAAAAGAGAUCAGCAGGAGACAUAAUAGGAUUUACCAAUGGUGAAGAUGUUUGGAAAAUACAUCUCUCAGAAGAGAUCCUGUCUCAGUUUCUUAAGAAGUUCUCAUUAAAGUCCACAGAGGAUUAUACCUUGAAACUCAAAUGUGCAUGUAGGACUGGCCGAGCAUUUGUGAAACUGCAGGAGGACAGUGCUGCGCUGCAUUUAGGUUGUGAGCCCACAGAUCUGACUCUGUCUCUGUCCAAACUCACUGACUCGGAGGGAAGGACAGAAGUCAAAAACCUGCUUUUUGAGAUGGCUGACAGCCUGACACAGCUAGAGAAUGGAGGUGCUACAUCUUCAUUUUAUCCAGUCAGCAGCCCUCAGAAGAGAACUUCUGUAUUUGAACCUAGAAAACAGCAUAAGGAUCCAACGGUAGCAGUAAGAAAACGUCUUCCUGGGGGUUCUCUCAUCAACCCAGGAUCAAAAAGAAAGAAACCUGCAACAGGUGUGGCUUUUGACGAUGGAGACGAUGAAUAAUGUCAAAACCAUGUGACCUCUGCAUUUUAUAAUCAUGAAUUGUAACUUUUUAACAAACCCAACACUUUUUCUGCUUGUAACAGUUUUUAUAAUAUACAUCACAAUAACAUUAUGCAUUGUUUUUAAGUAAUCAAUCAUCUAUUUAAAACUGUAUUAAAUAUAGCAAAAUGGCUGUGUUUUAUGUAAGGAUAUUUCUGGGAAUAAAAUUAUAUUUUUAAAUAA